AUGCGUCAGUGGCCGGCAACUAUGAUGCCGCCCCUGGUCCGCCCAUCUUCACUUGGGGGCGGAAUAGAGGCAGCCCUCUCACGCGUGUAUGCACGCAUGUGCAAAUCCGUGCGCAUGCGCCAUGGGGUCCACGACGAACGGGGUCUCCGCGUGGGUCCCACUCUAAGAAGCACCAUGGACACGGGACAAGCCUCCGGAUCAG